AUGGGGCAGCAGCUGAGCUGGGAAGAGGCGGAGGCGUCGGGGGAGAUGGAUGUGGCGGAGUUGCAGGAGUGGUACAAGAAGUUUGUCGUGGAGUGUCCCAGUGGGACGCUCUUCAUGCACGAGUUCAAGCGCUUCUUCAAGGUCACGGGCAAUGAGGAGGCCACCCAGUAUGUAGAGGGCAUGUUCCGAGCCUUCGACAAGAAUGGGGACAACACCAUUGACUUCCUGGAGUAUGUGGCAGCCCUGAACCUUGUGCUGAGGGGCAGCCUGGAACACAAGCUCAAGUGGACCUUCAAGAUCUAUGACAAGGACCGCAAUGGCUGCAUCGACCGCCUGGAACUCCUGGACAUUGUGGAGGCGAUUUACAAGCUGAAGAAAGCGUGCCGAGCGGAGCUGGAUCUGGAACACCAGGGCCAGCUGCUCACGCCUGAGGAGGUGGUGGACAGGAUCUUCCUCCUGGUGGACGAGAAUGGAGAUGGCCAGCUGUCUCUGACCGAGUUCAUCGAGGGCGCCCGUCGCGAUAAGUGGGUAAUGAAGAUGCUUCAAAUGGAUAUCAACCCGAGCGGCUGGAUCACGCAGCAGAGGCGGAGAAGCGCCAUGUUCUGAGAGCCCAGGGACCCUUCAGGGGCCCACGCUCCCCUCUAAGACUCCUCCAGGGUCCCCGGAGUUUACAACAUAGCAAGCAGGAGGUCUUGUUGGCUGAAGCCUGUUCCCAGUUGGUGUGAACUUCCACAAGGGGCCAAGCAAUGGCUGCUGGAUCUGAAGUGGGGUUCAGUCAGUCUAUUCUUCAGGAUUCACUAGCAUUGUAGGGGUCCCGACGUUACUCUGCUCCACAGCUGCUCCUGGGAGAACUGGG